AUGGAUAAGCUAAAAAUUCUUUUCAGUGACAACUUAAAAAGUGGAAAACUUUAUUCUGAUUUAAGGUUGUUCUUAGAAAAUGAAACGGACGGAGCAAAUGAUGUCAGAUAUAGUGAAAUGUUAGAUUAUGAGCAUAUAAAUAUGCUUUGUGAAUCAAUUCCUUUUAAUAAUAUAUGCCUUAUAUAUACAAAUUAUUUAUAUAAAUCGCAUUUUGUGCGUACAUAUGAAAAAAAAAAAAAAAUAAAUGAAGCUUCAACUCAUUAUAAAGAUACAGAUUUUACAUAUUCAGAAGACGAAUUUAGCACAUUAGAUAUAAAUCCUUAUUCCCUUGCAUUAAUAUUAUUAAUAGUUGAUUCCAAUUAUUUAGAAGAUCAAUAUAAAGGUGAAGAAAAUAAUAUAACUUAUCAAAUAAAAAGGCUUCGAGAGAAAUAUGGGAGCGUUAGAAUAAUAUGUAUAUUUAUAGGAGUACGAGAAUUUUUAAAUAUUAUAGACUAUACCAAACACCCUCAAAUAUUUUAUGAAAAAAAUGAUAAUAUAAUUUUUAAUAAUAAACAUUUAGAUAGAUUUAUUGCAUCAUUACUUAUCCAGUAUAAUGUUGAUACAGUCGAAAUAGAAAAUUCAACUGAUAUACAUAAAUAUAUUUUUAAAUGUUGUAAAUAUUUGCAUCAAUCAAAAAUUCGAAAACUUAAUUCAUACUUUAAAGUAAAACCGGCAGGAAUAAUGAGCCAAUUUAAAAAUGACAAUUUAAAUGAAAAUAAAACGUAUUAUACUUGGGUAUCCCAAUUAAUGCAAAUCACUGGUAUAUCUCAAGACAUAGCCAUGAGAAUAGCUGAAGAAUUUAGCACCCCUUAUGAUUUAAUUAUACAUUUUAAAAAAAUAAAUGAUGAAGAAUGUUUAAAAGACUUAAUUAUUAGUUCAGCAUAUGGAGAAAGGAAGUUAGGGAAAGCGUUGUCACGAAAAAUAUACAGAAUUUUUUCUCCGAAUUCCAAUCCUUAUAAUGCUGUUUCAUAA